AUGUUGGGUGAACUGGUCUUGCAGGGUUUUUCUAUGCUUUUGAACUGUAUGUUUGAUGGUUUAUUGACAGGGUAUUGGUGUUUGAUAGGUUGCAAGUUAUGGUUUUUUGUUAUGACAGUAGAUUGGGUUCUGUUGAGACAGGUUUGUGGCUUCUCAGAUUGCAAGUUAUAUGCUUGCUUUGUUGUGAGGCUUGUUGCUUAUGUUGGACUGAGUUUUGUAUAUUUCUUUUCUAUCCUAAACUCUCCCUUCUGCCCCGUCUUGGUAUAUGCUUGGCCCUCUGUAUAUUAUGCAGAGUUGUGUGUUUUUUUAUCUUUUCUCCCUCUCCCUUUUGCCUGCUGUGCUGAACUGUUUUAUUGGCUUGUGUGUACUGAGGCAGAGUUGAAGAUUCUUGAGGAGUUGAUGUUGCAAUAUCGCUGCGAUAAUAUUGAUGACGCGAGAUUCUUGCAACAAAUUAAAGCUUAUUGCAGCAUGAUGAUGCUAACGUUUGAAGCAAACCAUGGAUGA